AUGGGACUGUCCGUCGGAUGUCUACGGCAUGAUGAUCCACGAUUGCUCCAUUGUCGAUGGACAAGGCAACAACCACACCGUAAUCGAUUCACAAGGGUGAGCUGGGUUGAACUUUUGAUGGGCAAUGAGCAACUACGGAGACCUGAGAUGAGUCAGUGA